AUGGCAGACCCUGAGCACCCUCCUGACCCCUCGAAGGCUGCGGAACACGAGCAGCAUGUGGGGAAAGCAUCCGCUGACCGUCUCCGCGGACUUUUGUCCUCGGCCGCCGGCGAAGAACGAGUGCUGGCGACAGUGAACUAUGUCGCCUCAAUUUUGCAUCACCUGUGUGCGUCGGCGCCAUGGAUCGCAUUACAAACGCGACUAUCUCUUCUUGCGCGACUGAAGGACCGAACUGCAUCGCAACAUGUGAAACCCGCCCCGGCGGGCUCUAAAUCCAAAUUCUCUGCUCUUUCUUCCCUUGCUUCGGAGACGCGAUACAAUCUACGCCUGUUCGGCCUCAUUCCUCUCUGGGUCUGGGGAUCCGAGACUCUCAGAUCACCCCCUGCCGACCCGGUCAUCCGCAUCCUGACCAUCCUACAAGUCAUCUCCAACGUGAUCUACCAGUUCUUGGAGAAUGUGGCACACCUAGCAUCGAAGGGCGUUAUCUCGAGGAAGUUCGUUGACAAGUACGGCGGACCCGUGAAAUGGGAGAUCUGGAGCACACGCGGCUGGUUUGGACACAUCUUCUUUGAAUUCUUCGUUCUCUGGCGCCAACACGUGCUGCGCAAGAGACGUGUUGCAGCCCAGCGCGCGGCAGCCGGCACUACCGAGUCGAAAGAGACCAAGGCGGAGGAUGCUGAAGCUCUGCGUCUGGAGAUCCGCUCAUGGAAAAAGACUCUUGUCAACAACACAUUCUGGGCUCCUUUGUGUCUUCACUGGUGUUUCGAGAAGGGCAUCGGUAUUCCGGACCACCUUGUUGGGAUAAUCAGUCUCGGGGCUGGCAUUUGGGGUCUAUGCGACUCCUGGGCUGCCACAGCCAAAAAAUGA